AGCAGGGCAGUGAUGGAAAGGCUGAGAGGAGAGUACCAGCAAAGCUUCCAACAGUACAGACCCAAGUCGAGUUUCAACAUCUCCUGCACCUGUUGCCAUGAUUUCAGCACAUCUACCUGCACUGAGUGUGAUACUCUGUGCGCUGGCUCUUAUAAUCUACAACACUCCGGCAGAUGCUCAAGCAGAUUCAGCUUUGGACUGUUGCCUGAAGGUUAGCUCUCAAGUCAUCCCGAAACAUGUUGUCCUCAGUUACAGGAAUCAGAUCAGGGGUAUCGGCUGCACCAUUGAUGCUGUUGUUUUUACAACCAGGAAAGGGAGGAAGCUUUGUGCCCCUUCUGGCAAUGAAGCUCAAUGGGUUGAAGAGCUCACAAGAUUCAUUGACAACAGACUAAAGAAGUGCAAAGCGUUCAAAAUUCAGGGGAAACGCUGUGAAGGCCUGAAGACUAAAACAGCUUGAGGAAAAACAUAUUUGCACACACGCUUAAAAAUGUGGCAGCUGGCAAUGGCCUUUUUAUCAUAGUUCUGUAUCUAAACUUAAUUUUUUGUAUCUUUAUUGUUAACCAUUUUCAAAGUUUAUGUAACUUCUGUACUAACUGACUUGCUUUUGGAGCUUGGCAUGACAAUUGUUUGGCAAAUUACUUAAAAUCAUCUGUACACAUUUUGGUAAAAUGGGUGUUCUAAAUGUCUGAAUGUAAAUAAAACAAAAAAAAUACACUGUAUUUUCAGCUGUGUGAUAUUUACUUAUGUUUACUUUUAUUCAGAUCAUGUUGUUAAAUUUUUUUCAAUAAAAAGGUUUUAUUCAAAGACAA